CCACGCCUAUAAAGUCAGCCUCCUCUCCACCCACGCAACCCACGUGGUAAAAUGGCUGGUUCUCUUGCCCAUCAUAAACAAGCAGAUACUUGUACAAAUCGGCCUGAAUAUCGAAACCCACGACAAGAAAGGGCCGUAAAAGUGUACACCAUUAACCAGGAGAGCCGGUAUUUACUAGUUUUGAACGUUCCUUCUCUAGGAGUUGUGAAAGAUUUGAUGGAGCUCUUCUCCUUAUACGGAGAAAUAGAAGAGUACAGGAUAUUGGAUGAGUACCCCUGUGAGCCAUACACUGACGUGUACCUCAUUAAAUACCGAGAGAUCGAGUCCGCAAAACUAGCAAAAAAUAAACUGGACAAUCACUACUUCUUCAGUAAGGACCUUCACGUCUGCUAUGCACCGGAGUUUGAGAGUGUCAGCGAUACAAGAGAGAAACUGAAUAAGAGGAGAACGAAGAUUAGGAAAUUCAAAAAAAACAAUGCUCCAUCUUCUACCAGAAAGUCUACUCUCCCUUCUUCAUCUUCUAGGCCACACUCCACAAUACAUGUAGAUCCAGUACCAGUGACUACUACUACAACAGUACACAGACCAUCAUUGCUACAAGUACCUUCUCAUCAAGAAAUACCCCUCCCUCCUCCUCUUCCCUCACACCUGGCACCCUCACCAUCACACCUGGCACCCUCACCAUCACACCAUCUCAUACCACUACUCCCUCCUCUUCCCCCUCCUCCUCCUCCACGUCCACUUUUACCUCGUCCCUCUAUCAUCGUACCUCAUAUUGGCCAUGGCCCUUCUCCUUUAUUUUCUCCUCCUUUACAUGUUUCUUCUCUCCCUCAUCCUCAUCCUUACCGUCGUCCUAACCGCUGUCCCUUCCAUGGUCCUGUUCCUUUGAUCCACAGUCCACCCCGUGGUCCAAUACGUCUUCCUAUUCGUUCUCCUCCCCAUGGUUCACGUUAUGUCCCACCUGUUAUUGGUGCUUCCCCUGGUACCCCUCCCCUCAUUUCACCCUCUCCUCCUCCUCCUCACUCUACUCCUCCUCCUCUUAUUCACACUACAUCAUCUUCCAAUCACAUCCAUCAAGAGAGAGGUGUUCUUAUCUCUCCUACUAAGAAGGCCACUCCUCUUUUACACAAUCCUCCUAAUCCUAGUCCACUCAUAACGUGUACUAGUAAUGCUUCUUUGCUCACUCCUCCUCCACUAAUUUCAAUAGCUAAUACUGUACAGCCACCACCAUUAGUCUCAGACCGUGUACAUGUUCCUGCAUCUUCAUCAAAGUCUUUAUUGAGACCACCUAUACUUAAUGAUCAUCAGUCACAGUCUCACUUAAGCAGAAACUCUGUUAGACCACCUUUUACAGGUUCAGCUCAAACUGGUAAAGACCAGUUGCCACUUACAGGUAAUCCUUCAGUUGAUUUGACAAUUCUUUCCGUUAGAAACAAAAUGUCACAGGUAUUCAACACUAGUGCUGCUAGGGACUAUGCACCACCUCAGACUAAGAAGAGAAGACGAAUAUGACAAGUAUCAUUUCUUGCAGACUAUUUCAUCUUUUUUUAAAUUGAUCACCAGCUAGCAUUAAUUUAUUUACAUUGCUGAAAAGUAAA